ACCUAUGGCAAAGACUAUAUCGCUAAUAAUAUUUCGAUACUCAGAAUGAACAACUCUGAAUUGUACAAAACUGCACGACUGUCUCCUCUUUCACUCACAUAUUAUGCUCGUUGCUUAGCAUAUGGAAAUUACACUGUGAAACUUCACUUUGCGGAAAUAGUUCUCAGAGACAACAGGUCUUAUUAUGGUGUUGGAAGACGAAUUUUUAACGUUUAUAUCCAGGAAAAACUGGUUUUGGAGGAUUUUGAUAUUGAAAAGAAAGCACAAGGGGUUGAUAAGGAAGCAGUUGAGGUAUUUACAGCAGUUGUUAGCGUCAAGACUUUAGAAAUCCGCUUUCAGUGGGCUGGGAAAGGGACAACAAAUGUUCCAACAAGAGGAAUAUAUGGUUCUCUGAUAUCAGCUAUCUCAGUGCAGUCUGAUUUCAAGCCGCCUAGCGAAAGGAAGAAAUUCAUUGUGAUUGGAGUUGUUUCAGCGUUAUUCCUUCUUUUCGUAAUUUUGGGCAUUCUUUGGUUGAAAGGCUGUUUCCGAGGCAGGACAACCAGGGAACAAGAUCUCAUGGGAUUAGACCUGCAAACUGGUUUCUUUAAAUUCAAGCAACUUAAAGCUGCAACUAAUAACUUCGAUGCUGCAAACAAGCUUGGGGAAGGUGGCUUUGGAGUUGUUUACAAGGGCGAAUUAUUAGAUGGCACUUUUAUUGCAGUUAAGCAACUUUCUUCAAAAUCAAAGCAAGGAAAUCGUGAAUUUGUGAAUGAAAUAGGCAUGAUUUCUGCCUUACAACACCCAAAUCUUGUGAAAUUGUAUGGAUGCUGCAUCGAAGGAAAUCAGUUAUUUCUGGUAUACGAAUAUAUGGAGAACAAUAGCCUUUCCCAUGUUUUGUUUGACCCAGAGGAAGGCCUAAAGAAAUUGGACUGGAAUACGAGGCAUAAAAUAUGUCUUGGCAUUGCAAGAGGUCUGGCUUUCCUGCAUGAGGAGUCGACCCUGAAAAUUGUUCAUAGAGACAUCAAAACAACCAAUAUACUGCUUGAUCGGGACCUUAACCCUAAGAUAUCUGACUUUGGUUUGGCUAAGCUGAACGAAGAGGAGAACACCCAUAUUAGCACCAGAGUCGCUGGAACUAUAGGAUAUAUGGCACCAGAAUAUGCGUUAUGGGGUUAUUUAAGUGACAAAGCAGAUGUUUACAGUUUUGGGGUCGUUGCAUUGGAACUCUUAUCUGGAAAAAACAACAUCAAAUAUCGUCCAAAUGAGAAUUUUGUAUGCCUUCUUGAUUGGGCCCUUGUUUUGCAACAAAAAGGAAAUCUGAUGGAGCUGGUGGAUCGAAAGUUGGGGUCUGAGUUCAAUAAGGAAGAGGCAAUGAGAAUGAUAAAGGUAGCUCUACUAUGCGCCAAUCCAUCACCGGCACUAAGACCUACAAUGUCCGCAGUAGUGAGCAUGCUUGAAGGCCAAACUCUUGUUCACGAGGUGAAGAUAAACCCGAGUAUUUAUGGUGACGAGAUGAGGUUUAGGGACUUCACAGAGGACCCUGAUACUACUACUGAAGAGAGCACGCAAAGCUUACUUUAUUCAUCCGAUACAAAAUGGACCGCCUCUACCUCAUCGUCUGCCUAGGAUAUGUAUGCAGUUGAUCGUGAUUGUCAACGGUAAAUUAAGAAGAGUGUGGCCCGGUGCUCCGCCGUUGAAGGCAGGUGCUCAUACCAAAAUGAAAGCACAACUUCACGAGACUACACGGCUAUACAAGCUUGUACAAUAAAAAGAGGGUAACAUCAAAUACAUGAUGGUUUUUAAUAGCUUAAUUUUUGUAACUGAA